UAGAAGUAUUGAGGGGACUGGAGUAAACAGGGUGUACAGGGUCUAAAGAGACUUGAACUAGCUGGGAGCCACAAGUCAUCAUGGUUAUCCUGCUGGUCCUCACACUGAAGGUUGUCCUCCUCUUAGCUGCUAUGUGGAGUGUGUGUUCAGCAGAGUUGAUCACAGUGGAAAGAUAUAAGGGAGGCAAGGCAGAGAUCAGAUGCCCCUAUAGAGAGGAGUGGAGGAGCCACCAGAAGUACAUAUGCAAAGGCAGCAAAAUGGAGUGUAUAACAUUUUUGGGAGACAAUGAUAUUGAGACUGAGGAUGAAGAACGAAGCUCUAAAUGGAGAUACUCCCUAUAUGACGACAAAGGGGUCAGAGUCUUCAUUGUGACCAUCACCAACCUGAUGUCAGAUGGUGCUGGAACAUACUGGUGUGGAGUGGAACGAUUUGGACUGGACCCUGAAGUGCAUGGAGAUCGGUGCUGUGAGAAUCACACUGCAGUGACUGGCUAUGAAGAACAGACAGUCUCCAUUCAUUGUAUGUAUGAUGAAAAAACUGAAGACAAUGAGAAAUACUUCUGCAAAGUGACGACGCAGUCGAGGUGCAUAGAUGAUGUAAAAGUGACAACAACGAAAAGCCAGAACGGGAGGUUCUCACUGUUCGACAACAGGACAGCCGGAGCAUUCACCGUGACCAUCACCAGACUAACCCAAGAGGAUGCUGGGCGAUAUCUCUGUGGUGUACAGAACAACCAAGCUCUCGAUACCCUGUCAGCAGUCCAGCUUGAUAUCAAGAUUUCACCAACUCUAUUCUCCCCACCUAACGCCACCUCCCAACCUACUGCCAACUCCAUCUCACCAUCAUCCGUGUCAUCACCAUCAUCCAUCUUACCAUCAACACACAACAGUUCUGAUACAUCAGUGGUCAUCAUAGUAUCUGUGACUCUGGUCAUGCUGCUAUUGGUGCUUGUGGUCAGCCUGUUCAUAGUCUAUAGAUGGAAAUGCAACAAGGAAACAGUUGACUCUUCAGCUUCCAGGGUGAACACAGACACCGGGACCAACAGUGAGGGUUGUCAUGGUGAUGGUGACUAUGAGGAGAUAAAGGACCGCCCCCUACAGUCCAGUUCAGGUAGUGUGACCACCACCAUCUACGCCACUGCCAACUUACCCACAAGCCCCUCUGACUCUCUCAACUACACCAACGUCAACUUCCACAAGGACCCCAGCUGCCCCAAUGAGGCCACUGUCGUCAUCGCUAAAGAGGGCACUUCUCCUGGUUACUAUGCCACCGUCAACAUUGGUCAAAGCCCCGCCUACUCUACUGUCAAUCAUCCACACAGCACCUCUGAGGCUCCUCCCAUUUACUAUACAGUCAGCAAACCCAGAGACCCCUGAGUCACUGACAACCAAUCACAAGGGACAUAUUCACACUGGCAACAAAUCACAAGUUACAUGUUAUUAUAAUAGUUAUAACUAUAUGUUCCACCGAAAACAGCUGCAAGAUCAGGGCCUGAGUUCUCGAUAGCGAUGGAACUUACAAGUGUUUUAACGAUGCAUAGUUCCUACAAUGGCCAAAGAUGUAACUUGCGUUUUCUAAAACACCAAACAGCGAGAACAUUCGCUAAGUGAUUCAUUGGAACAUGUGUCGAUACUGAUAGGAUGUAAAGCAAAGCAGUGUCACUUUCUCCAUUCAAAUCUUACCUUGGCAUUACAAUUACUGGACAAUAUUGAUGAGUGUUCAGCUCCUAGAGAGAUAUACUGAACAAAGACAUAAACGCAACAUGCAACAAUUUCAAAGAUGUUGUUGACUUACAGUUCAUAUAGAGUUAUAAGUCAAUUGAAAUACAUUUCCUAAUCUAUGGAUUUAACAUGACUGUGCAGGGGAGCAGCCAUCAAAUCAAGUUAAUUUGUCACGUGCGCCGAAUACAACAGUUGUAGGUAGACCUUACAGUGAAAUGCUUACUACAGGCUCUAACCAAUAUUGCAAAAAAGGU